AUGAUCGCACUUGCCGGAGCUAUAGGAACAGGUUUAUUUCUUGGCAGCGGGAAAGCCAUCCAACGAGCUGGCCCUGUUGGAACAUUGAUUGGCUAUUCUACGAUAGGCGGCCUGGUCAUCUGCGUGAUGCUGUGUCUGGCUGAACUGUCUGCCUUGGCACCGGUCUCAGGAGCAUACGUUCGCCACGCAGAGUACUUCGUUGAUCCGGCACUCUCUUUCGCCAUAGGAUGGAUAGCCGUCUACGGGCCGUGUGUCAGUGUACCGAGUGAGUGGGUAGCUGUUAGUACAAUCGUAAGAUACUGGACGGAUCUACACCCAGGGAUCAUCAUUGCAAUAUGCAUUGUCGUAUCAUUCUUGACCAAUAUCUUCUUCAUCCGCGUGUUCGGCGAAGUAGAACUGAUUUCUGCGAUGCUUAAGAUUGCCUUGAUUAUUGGCCUCAUAUUGUUUGGACUAGUCUACGAUCUAGGAGGUGUGCCGGGACAGUCACGCUUGGGCUUUUGGUACUGGGUCGAGCCGGGUGCUUUCGGUGAAGGCUAUUUGGUGGGCGGUGGAAUUGGUCGGUUUUGUGGGUUCUUCUCGGUUCUUGUCAACGCAGUGUAUUCUUUUGCGGGAGUCGAGACGACAUCCAUCGCAGCUGCCGAAACAAAGAACCCGCGCCGAAACAUCCCACGAGCGGCAAAGCACAUAUUCGUUCGAGUCUUCGUGUUUUACAUCCUCUCGCUAUUCGUUGUCGGCUUGAUCGUCCCUUCCAACGACCCCCAUCUCCUCACAUCCACAGGCAACGCCGCUCAGUCACCCUUUGUCAUCGCGGCUGAAAAGGCUGGAGUUAGGGUCUUGCCUAGCAUCAUCAACGCCGUUGUCGUUACAUCCGCCUGGUCCUCCGGAAAUCACGGGAUACUGCAGGGUUCCCGAUCUCUCUACGCACUUGCGCUGGAGGACAAAGCUCCCGCGUUCUUCCGACGUACGUCGAGAUGGGGCAUCCCGUAUCUCUGUGUUAUAUUCCAGAGCAGCUUCAUGUUCCUUGCGUACAUGUCGUUGAAUUCAGAUGCCAACACCGUGUUUGGCUGGCUGUCUAAUCUGACAGCUUCGUCAACCUUGGCGGUGUGGGUGGUGGUUGGCACAUGCUCACUGCGUGUAAGGUGGGCGAUGGAAGCACAGGGCAUCCCCUAUCAAGAGUUGCCGUACUCCGCUCCACUGCAGCCGUAUUUGGCACAUGUAGUUACGUGGUUUAGUAGUUUCAUCAUGCUGUCUGGAGGCUUCUAUGUCUUUGUCGAUGGGCAUUGGAAUGUGUCAGAUUUUUUCUCGUCCUACUUCACCAUACCACUGAGCCUAGCGCUCUAUUUGGGCUGGAAGCUUCUCAAGGGAACAAGUAUAGUGCCUCUGGAGGAGGUGCCCGUCGGGACUUUUAUCGCGAUUGCGAGGGCUAACCCGGAGCCACCACUUAGAAAGAAGAAAGGGGUGGUGGGAUGGUUCGGGAGGUUUUGGUGGGACUGA